GGCUUGAUCCUGGGACUCCACGAUCAUGACCUGAGCCGAAGGCAGACGUUUAACCAACUGAGCCACCCAGGCACUCCAACUCACAGAAUUUCUCACUGUAAUAUUGUUUUGCCCCUGAGAGAGCUACAGCUUGAUACUCUUUCUUGCUGCCUUAUGGAAAAUAGAUCUGGGGGCUGGGUGGGCAAGAAUAAAAAGAAGGAGAGCAGGUAGGAGGCUGUGACAGCAUUAGGUGAGAGGUCGUAGUGGAUCGGAUCAGCGUGAAAGCAGUGGCACUGGAGAGAGCAGUGGCACUGGGGGUAGAGUGUAUGUGAGGUAUAAUUGACAGCUGAUGGAUCAGAUAUGGAGGAUGAGGGAAAGGGUAUGAAGGAUGUAUCAAAGGUAACAGCUAAAAUUUUGACCUGAGCAACCAUGUGGAUGUUGACAUUUACUCAGAUGACAAAGGUGAAAAAGUGGUUUGGGGAAGGUUGGAAUAAUAGUAGUCGUAGACUUGUUAAAUGUGAGCUAUCUCUUCCACAUUCAAAGAUAUCAAGUAAGCUGGUUGCAUAUACGAAUCUGGAGCAUAGGAGAAGGGGCAGGGUGGGAGCUAGAAUUUUGGAAUGUGUUGUAGUCACCCAGUAAGAGUGAGAUGGGCCUCCUAACACCAUCCCCUAAUUUGGUUCUGAUGUAGAGAUCAAUGGUCUCACACUUAAACCAGGAGAGCACCACACCCAUACUAAGAGGGUAUGAAAGGUUUAAUACUUAUAUAAUGGGGCUUUCUAGGGAGAUCAGCGCUGGCUCCCCCGCUGUUCCAGAAGACUCGAGAGAGCAAGAAAGGAGACUGGUUUGGCUUUUAUGGUGGUUAGAGGAUGGGCUUGGGCGGGAGUUGCCUUGUGUGGGCUGAGCCUUUUGAGGUUUGCGUUUUGCACUGGGGCCACAGGAAGGAGUACCAAGGCCUUCUUGUCAGCCGUCCAGAUACGGGAGCAGAAGGAGGAAGGGGAACAGUGGGACUUGAAAGCUGUCAGUAAUCAGACAUCAAAAGUAGAUUUAAAGUCUUUAUAACAGAAGACUUCAGCAGUAAACAGUAUGUAAAAUGAUAGAGCUAGAAAAGAGCUGGAAGUGCACUGAGCUCUGAGGACUCUAACACUUAAGAAAUCAGAUUGAGGAGGAAGUACCAGCAAAUUAGACUGGAUGAGGAGAGAAACUAUAAUACAGUAUGCCACCAGCUAAGACAAAAGCGUUUCAGGGGAGCAGAAGUCAGGGACACCACGUACCCACAGUGGCUGUGCACCCUGCAGCACUUCGGCACGUGGUGGGUGUGUGUCCUGGAGGCACACAAGGUGGCAGCGCUGGGAGAAGAGUCAACACCUAGGAUACUGCUGAGGAGGUGAGUAGGAUGGGGGUAGAGGUGGGUCCAUUGGUUUGCUUCGUGGCCAUCAGAUCAGUGAAUUGGUAGAGAAGGAAGCCAGGUUAGAGAAGGCUGGGAAAUGAAUGUGAGGUGGGAAGUAGAGAAGGCAAGUUUAGAAAGUUUUCCCAGGAAAUUGCUAAAUGCAGAGCAUAGAAAUGGGCAGUAAUUAGAAGGAGGGAGAUGUUGGAUCAAGGAGAACUUUCUUUUUUUUUUUAAGUUACAGAGAUCUCAGAGCAUGGUUAUAAACCGAUGUGAACAACCAGUAAUGAUGCCAAAGAGAAUGUGGAUCGCCGCUGUAGAGAGUCCUGGCAGAGAGGGAAGGAGAGGGGGUCAGAGCCCAAGUGGACAACUCCACUUUAUCGGAGCAGAGACACGCUUCUUCCGUCAGAAUAGGCGGGAAGACAGACAGCAGGGUUGUUCACGUAGGUGAGUUUAGGAACUGGUUGGUGACAACCUGAGAGAGCUCCUUGCUAAUUGCUGUUUUCUCAGCUGUAGAUGAGACGAGGUCCUCUUCCAGGAGUUGUAGGAAAGGGGCAGUGGUAUGAUGAGAGAGGAGAUGUGAAAGAAUUGCUCAGAAAGUUGUGCAGCAAAUCGACCAGGAAGCAUAGGAGGGCUGUGAGACAAUGCUGGGCCUAUUCGAGGCUUGUGGCCGUGAAAUCAGAGCCAGAGCGGGCGGCUCCGCUGUCUGAUGUUCUCACCGGGAUCGGCUAUGUGGGCGCUGGGGAAGAGAAGGGGUUGUUAUCUCAUAUACUUUCGGGAUUCAGAUUUGAUACAAAAGAAGUUGACCUUUUGACUCAAGGUCUUGGAUAUGUGCCUGCAGAUUACUGUCCUGGUUUGCUUAAAAAUAUGGUUUUAUCAUUAGUGUCUGAACUCCGAGAGAAUCAUCUUAAUGGAUUUAACACUCAAAGGCGAAUGGUUCCUGAAAAAAUAAGGUUCCUGUCACGAGUUUGUAUACCGCUUGUAACUCUGCCAGAUAUGGAACCACUGGUGGAGGCUCUGCUCACCUGCCAAGGACAUGAGCCUCAGGAAGCGCUCUGGCCUGAGUUCUUUGAUGCCGUGAAUGAGGCCUUUCUGCUGAAGAAGAUUUCGCUCCCUACAUCAGCUGUAGUCUGCCUCUGGCUUCGGCACCUUCCCAGCCUUGAAAAAGCAACACUGCAUCUUUUUGAAAAGCUGAUCUCCAGUGAGAGAAAUUUCCUGAGAAGUAUCGAAUGCUUUUUGAAAGAUUCAUUACUGCCUGAAGCAGCCUGCCACCCUGCCAUAUUCAGAAUUGUUGAUGAAAUGUUCAGGUAUGCACUCCUGGAAACCGACGGAGCCCCAGAAGUACUAGCCGCUGUUCAAGGGUUUACACGGUGCUUUGUGGAAGCUCUGGAAAAAAAAAACAAGCAGCUGAAGUUUACAUUCAAGACCUACUUUCCUUAUGCUUCUCCAUCUCUUGUUAUGGUGCUGCUCCAACACCCGAAAGAUAUCCCACAAGAACUGUGGCACCAGCCACUGAAACAUAUUUCUGAAAUGCUCAGAGAAAUAGUUGAAGACCAGACUCAUGGGUCCUACGGAGGCCCCUUUGAGUGCUGGUUUUUGUUCAUUCACUUUGGAGGAUGGGCUGAUAUCGCGGCUGAGCAGUUAGUGAUGUCAGAAGCUGAACCCUCUGAGGCCCUGCUGUGGCUCUUGGCAUUCAGCUGCAGCCCACAUGACGGGAGUCCGCAGAGAGCACAGAUCAUGGUAGAGGUAAAGGCAGUGCUCAGCCGCCUCAAGAAGCUGCUAAGAAAUCCGAUUCUCUCAGCCAAGGAUCUGCAGGCGGCAGCUGCAGAGAGCCGAGACAGAGACCCUGGACCACCUUUGUGUCAACAGCUGAUCAGGCGCCUCCUCCUGAACUUCCUGCUCUGGGCUCCUGGAGGCCAUGUGAAUGCCCGGGAAGUCACCGCCCUUAUGGCUCCAAGUGAUGAGAUAGCCCAUGAGAUGACUGUCUUUCUUGACCAGACCUUGUACAGAUGGGAUCAUCUCCGCAUGGAAGUCCCGAGGUCAAGAAAACUGGCCAGAGAGCUCCUUGCAGAGCUGCGCAUGGCCGGCACAGCCAUGCAGGAACCAGGCUCCCCGAGGCCUCGUGAUGUGAUGAUGAGACCAUUUCUUCAUGGAAUGAGUGAUGAGAAUGAGCCAUAGACAUUUGGCAAGAUCUGCUAGUACAUAUUUUAUGAAGCGAGAAGACAGGUUCUUUAGCCCAAACUCAGUCCAUUUUAUUGUUGAUGACUGGAUGGUGCCCAGAGCAUUCCCCACCUGCUCAGCCCAGCUGUCAGAGAAUCACUAAAGAAAAGGCUUAGGUAGGAGAACAGAUUUUUAUUUCCGUUUUUCCUCGUAUCAAACCAAGAUACACAACUGUUAUGUGAGUGGUUCAAAGUCUUUGGACCAAGAAAUGGGUCAUGAACCACUGAUCAAUUUAGAAAGUAACUUAGUCCUUUUCCGCAGGUCUCUUUUUUCAGAAGUCAUGUUAUUGGUGUUUCUUUUGACUUGCAGGCAUUUGAGAUAAAGCCACACUGUCUUGCUUCCCUAAGAAAUUCUUCAUCGAGGAGUCUCUCGGGCACCUCAGAAGGGAAGCAAGGACCACUGCUCGGUGGUGGGCGCACGAGCCUGCCUGCUGUGGAGGGCAGCCCGCUUGCCAGUGGGGUAAAGCCACUUCCAGUGCUCUCUUUGCUUUCUGUUUGUUAAACACUGCCACCAAAGGAGCUCGUGUGACCUCAAGGAUGGCUGACAGCAGAGAGUAUAGGACGUGUUCUGGAAACAUUAGAAGAGAUUACAUAUCAGUUAUCUAGUUAACCAAAGUGGAAAUUUGAAAUUUUUUUUUUAAGAUUUUAUUUAUUUGAGAAAGAGAGCACGAGCGGUGGGUGGAAGGGCAAAGGGAGAGAGAGAAGCAGGAAGGGCCUGAUCCCAGGACCCUGAGAUCAUGACCGAAAUCAGAUGCUUAACCCACCCAGGUACCCUGGGAAUUAGAAAUUUCUAAUAAAGAAUCGGUAACCCCAGUAUUUACUUCAUAUCAAUUUUAAAAAUUUUCCCCUCUUAGGUUUAUUCUUAAUAUGCAUUGAUUAUGUGCCUUUCUGUGUGCGUUCUCGUGGUUGAGUCAGUCAGGACUUUGUGUCCACUUUGAUUUAUGUGUUUGUAUCUCCGAAUUGCCCUCCGUUUGGGCUCCUGUUUGAGGUAUGAGUAACAUUUUGUUGGAUUAGAGGUUGUGGUUUUAGGGGCAUUAGUGUUUUGGCUUAGGGAUCCACCUAAAGAUCUGGAAACUUCAAGGAUUUUUGACCUGAGCCUGCCUUUUGAGCAAUGUUGCAGUUUGAGCAAUGUUCUGAUAAAAUACUGUCGACACAACUACCACCAUCAUUACUGUCAUAUAAAAAGGCUUCAUCAAAAUGUGUAGUAGCUGAAAAAUGAGUUGUAGGCUUCACUUGGAGUCGAGGACAUCUCUCCAGUGUUGUUUGCCGUGGAAGUGUGACCAGCCUGUGUGGGCAUGAAGGAGGGGCUCCGUCGUCUGGCAGCCUGAGUGAUCCCUAACGUGAGUGCCCAUCAGGAACCGAACUCCUUUCAUGGCUGAGCUUCCACUGGAAAUUCAUUUGUGCUGCAUUUCACAGCAAACAGUAUCAAGACUCUUACCCACCUCAGACUGUUGAAGCUGCAUUUCUGGAAGGUUCCUUCCUGUCCUGGCCUUACCUCAGCCUGUUUGUAGUAUCGCCCAUUCCUUUACAAAGCCUCUAAGUUCUCCCAAGCCUUGGACGUUUGAGUCAGCACCUGCCCAGACUAUCUGAUCUGGCAGAGCUUUAGUCUUCACCCCGGUGAACUCCCGGCAGCCAAGCGGUUCUUGUGUCUGCAGCGAACCCUCACUGACCGUGAAGGCUUUCACCAAGGGGACAGCAGGCACUGGUUUGUUUACUGCCCUUCCCCCCCUUGAUAAAGUCACUAACAAGGGGAGAAAUGCUGCACAGGCGGAAACAAAGGGAAGCAGGACUGUUCCCCAAACUGGAGGGGCAGCUGCGAAGCCUCCCUGGCAGGCCCUGGUCUUCAGUGUGGGCACAUGCUGACCACUUGAGAAGGGUUACUGCAUCAUUGCAUUCACUUCUCUGAGGAGGAAGGAAUCUCCCAAAGUGCAAAUGGAGGGGGAGCGCACAGCGGAAGGGUAGGAAGCGACGCUCUCCCCGUGACCACCCAGGAAGACAGGUGCCUUGUGCUCCCUGUGCUCCUGAGCAAGCCCACAUCCGGCCACCACAGAAGAAACCCAGUCAGGGCAGAGAAACUCAGGAGCAGGCUGAGGAGUAGUACAUCCCACCUCCUCUUCCAGUUGCCCUGGACUGGGGGGAAGUCUGGACGUGUGGGUUCUUUCAGGUUUUUCAAGUUCAGAGAAGUAGGUUCCAAGCUAGAAGCGGCCUCUAGAGAGAAUGCACGUGAAGGCCCUGCAGGCCUCUGAGCCUUGUGGCCCUGUUGGAGAGCUCAGAACACUGAGGCCUAAGGCAACAUGGAGCGGUGAGGCUGAGACCCAGAGGCUGUAUGUGGGGUUUACCGGACUGGGUUUCUUUCCACCAUAGUGUCUGUCAGACAGAGGCCUCCAGCUUCCACCAGCAGAAUAUCCAAUGACGAGGGUCUUCCACAAGAAAGACACCUGAUGGUCUCAGACACAGAAGACCCGGAAAGGUGGCUAAUUCGGCCUCUCAGCAACGGGUUGGCUUCCGUGGAGUUCUUUUCUCUCUAAGUUCAGGAAAGCCGCAAGCUGAGACUUUCCUGACAGCCUCCAAGAAGGAAAAGGACAGCAGGUUCUCCUGCCUCUCCCAGCAGCCCGCACCAGCCCUGCCCUUGUGUCACGGGCAGACCCAGCCACGGCCGAGUGGAGUUGCGAAGACCGUGGGCAGAUUGACCAGGACACGAGCCGGCCUUGAGCUUCAGGGCCUUCCGCGGCCUGGCCCCUCACAGGCCCUGAGAGAGGCCCCAGCGCCGUGCUCCCAGGAGCAUCUGUUCUUGUAAAAUUUGUGAAGAGAAUUUAGCUGCACUGGCAGAGGUGUCCCCGUGCACUCGUGCUGCCCGCCCCCAAGGCAGUGCAGGGGCGGCCGGGUGCACCGGGCUCCCGCUGAGGGGAUUGGAGCUGGGGCAACGUCGCCGCCCAGUCCGGUGAGGUUACCGUGAAGGGAGAGCUUCCAAGAACGCCGUGCCCCCUGGGGGCCGUGGCCCAGCAGCGGGGUGGCCUGCGCCCCAGAGAGCGGCCUGAGGGGAGUGUGGGGGAUCCUUGCAAGACCUCCAGCUCGGGUCUGGGACGAACCUGUCAGAGAUCUGACAACAGCUCUAGAAUGAUCUGUUACCAAACAGCAAGCUGUGAAGGGGGGAUCCUGACGUUUUGGAUCAGGUGUGCUGGGGACGCUGUGCGCGUAUAUGAAAUCGCCGUCCUGAUGAGCGCUGACCAGAGACAGAGCGCCAAACACGGGGAGAAAAGGUGUUGACUGACCACCUGUUAGUGCAAAGCCUGUCACCUGCGCUUUGUGAUGGGUGGAAUCUUUUAGCUUUUCUAAAUUUGUAAUUAAUUUUUUAUUAUAAAUAAAAAGGUACAUGACCCCUAAUUUUGUAUUCAUGAAAUAUUACAGUCUUUCUCAGAAAAAGCUUCCCUUCACUCCCCAGUUAUGGGAGCUUAAAGCCCCACAAAAUCCAUAUAGAUCUGCCCCCGGAAGAGACCGAUUAUGGUGUAUCCUUUGGGCCUGGGAGUCCUGCCCUCAGAUACCUAAAAAACUGGGGUCCCACUGCCAGGGAAGAAGGGGGAGGCCUGUAGGGCCGGCAGGAGGCCGAAGCCUGGUGGCCUGCAUGGCUCACAGCCCAGGUUUCUGUAAGCCGGCCGCCUCCGCGCUGCCCUGCCCUUCCGAAGCCGCCCUGACAAAGCCCUGCCCGCGCCCUCCUGGGCGCCGCUCUCACGAACGCGGGCACAGGCUCCCGGGGAGUCGUGGGAUGGAACCGGCUCGGCUCUGUUCAGCGGCACGCCCAGGACCCAGCCCACCCCCCACCCUGGUUCUGCGGCCCAACAGCUCGCGUGGGCCUCCUGGGUGGCCGCUCUGCUUCCAGACGCAGGGCACCGUGGGCCCUUCCCUCGGCCGGAAGGCAGCCGGGCAGGCAGGUGGCCGUGGCCGAGCCACGUGUCCGAAGCCGCCCCUCGCUGAGCGCUCCGGGGGCUGCUCUGGGUCGCCGUGCGUCGUUUGCCCUUCUCCACUCGGCCCGUUUCUCAUGGGUGGGCAUGGGCUCCUCCCUCCGCGUGACCCCGGUGUUCACGUGGACCUCAGAGACUCUCAGGCACCGGCCCGAUACUACUCGUCACCGAGCCGUUUGACUCCUAAAGAACCGACAUUAGGGCAAAAUAAAUCCGUGCGUGUUAAAGCCGCCUUCUAAAGCCCAGCUUGUUUACCCAGGAGCCCACAGCCUGUCCCCCAGUGUAGGCCUUCCCUUUCCCCGGUCCUGACAUAGUCAGGAUCCCUACUAGGGGUUUGGGGUAGGAACUUGGAUACUUUGAUGCGGAAAGUUUCACACUUUCUGUAGAAAUGCUGAGUUCAGUCACUGUUGAACGUCUCGGCCUGCGGGGUUUCUCGCGGUAUGACGAAUCCGUGUGUACCAGCCGGGGUUCUUGGUGGCAAGCAACACAAUGGGACCCGGUGUCGAAAGUAAAAGGGAGUUGAUCAAAAGGGUAUUUAAAAGCCCACAGAAUUGUGAGGCAGACAAGGCUUUGUGUCAGGCAGUCAACAGCAGUGCCCGAACCUCGCCUCAGAACGGCCCUACUGCCAUCACCGAAUGAAUCCUGCCACUUAGAGCCUUUGUCGCUUGGACCCGCCCUGUGCCCCAUGAGGAAGCCCUGGUCCCUGCCGGGGCAUCUGACAGGGAACGUGGGUCCCCGACCUGUAUUUCAGGUGGAAGGUCACUGAAAAAGCAGGUGUCUGGCUUGUUUCACUUCGGUGACGUUACUGGAACCUUGGCCGCCGCCAGCGGUCUCCUACAUACAGGAAGGAGUCAGAGCCUGGGCAGCUGAAGAGAGCACAGAAUCUCUGCAAGACGAGGUAUCAUCAACCCUUAAAGCUCUUCCAGAGCACCUGAGAUGGUUGAGACCCAUCAAACAGCCCAACCACUUAGCAGGAAAAGCCGUAGAGGAGGGUGCGAGGCCGAGAGUGUCCAGCACGGCGCUCGGAACAGAGCCCGUAAGGGCCUGCGGCGGGGUGUCGUGUGCCCUGCACACGGGGCGGAGCAGGAUCCCUGGCCUCUCCCCGCUACGUACCGGCCCAGAAGUGACAACGCUUCUCCAGGAUGUCCCCCCACAACUCUCCAAUUG